AUGUUGCCAUUUCACUACUUCAUCUUCACCCUCCUCACCAUGGUGGGCUCAGGCUUCUGUCUACCUACACAAACACUAGAAGCCCAGCCCGCACCAACACUAUCGCACGCUCUCCCCGACACGACAAGCAUGCCUGAUUCUCUGGAGGAAAGACAGGAGAGAAACAACGCCAACCCGUCUGUCUUCAACCCUCCCGUCACGGCGGCGCCUGACCAGGCGGAGAAGCUGGAGAGCAUGGGUUGGAGGCAGACGACGUACUACGAGUGCAGAACUAGAGGCGGACAGGAACGCUGCGGGUGGCAUAUCCCUGUUUACAAGGCUGCUGCUGAGGGUCGGAGAGGGGAGAUUGUGGGGUGGAAGGUAGUCGUUGGGAUUGCUUUGGGGUUGGCGAUGCUGUUGUAUGGAGGGUGGUGGUGA